AUGAAACGGUUCGUGAUUAAAUCAGUGGAUUUAUGUACGGAUACCUCGGUGAAAAAAGUGCGUAAUACUCUGUCAUUGAAAUAUGAAAACGUGGAUGAUCCUACUACAGUACAGCAUGCAAAUGAAAAUACUAAUACUGAAUCCGCUGAUGAACAAUUAUUGUGCAAAAUGUCAUACUUGUUUGACGGUGAAUUAUAUAAAAUUGUUACACUCGAUGGCAUUAAAGUUUCAGCUAAAUGUACUACAUGCUCAAAAGUAAUUAAUGGCCAUACAACAUCUACUGGAAAUUUCCUCAGUCACAUAAAGCUUAAACAUAGUUUUAUGAUGUCUAAAGUACAAGCCAAAAAAGAUGCUAAAAAGAAAAGAGCGAAUGAUGAACUCAGUACAAACAAUCUAAAACAAUCAAAGUUAUCGUUUAAUCAAUCUGAAAUUACAAAAAAAAAAACGUAA